CCUUGAUAAACAAUUUUUGAGGUUAGGAAACGUGUUUUUUCAUAUUUUUAACUUGCAAACGAGGGAUUUUUUAAUAAAUUUUUGUCUUUUCGAAAUAAAAUCCAUAUAAAAUGGCAGUACGUACAAAUUUCGAAAGCAAAGACGAAAUCGGAGUCUUUGCCAAAUUGACCAACGCCUACUGUUUGGCCAGUAUCGGGGGCUCGGAGAUUUUCUACAGUACAUUUGAAGCAGAAUUAGGAGAUUCAAUCCCGGUAGUCCACGCCUCCUUGGCAGGCUGUCGAAUAAUCGGCCGCAUGUGCGUGGGCAACAGAAAAGGCCUCCUUGUACCAAGUUCCACCUUUGACCAAGAACUCCAACACCUCAGAAACGCUCUGCCCGAUUCCGUAAAAGUACAAAGAAUCGAAGAACGUCUAUCAGCCUUGGGCAACGUCAUAACUUGCAACGAUUACGUCGCCCUCGUCCAUCCCGAUUUGGACAGAGAAACUGAAGAAAUUAUAUCAGACACUUUAGGAGUUGAAGUUUUUCGUCAUACGAUAGCAGGCAAUGUACUUGUAGGUUCUUAUUGUGUUUUGAAUAAUAGAGGCGCUUUGGUGCAUCCGAAUACUAGUAUAGUUGAUCAAGAAGAGUUGUCUUCGUUGUUACAAGUGCCUUUGGUAGCUGGUACAGUAAAUCAAGGCAGCUCAUUGGUUGGAGCAGGAGUUGUAGUCAACGAUUGGUGCGCUUUUACCGGGAUGGACACGACGGCGACUGAAUUGGCCGUUUUGGAGUCGGUGUUUAGGCUUAAUGAAGCUGAACCGAGCAAGAUUGCGCAGGAAAUGCGUGCCAGUCUUAUUGAAGGGAUGUCAUGAAGAUGAUUUGGUGGACAUAAGACAAGAAGCUGGGAUUGUAAUUAUUAUUAAGCUAAAAAAAAAUAAGUGUCAUUUUACAUUAUAAAACUUCUAAUGUUUUUUUUAUUUUAUUUGUGAAUCUAUUUGAAAAAAAAAAUAACGCUCCUAUUAUUAGUG